CGGGAGAGUCUCUGACAGUCACAAUCCGUUUUCAUACACAACUUCAACUUUCCGCUGAUCUUCAGGGCCAAGUACACUGUGAAAGUUCAUCAUGUCGACUGAAAAUGAGAUGAUGGCCUUGCAGACUUCUGGAGGGGAUCGUCCUAGUCAUGUUACUGAGAUCAAGCCACGAGACCACCCCAUAGUCAUCAUUGGUGCCGGCGACUAUGGGAGGUCUUUUGCAGGUCGUUUGGUGAGGACAGGGUUCAGGGUGGUGAUGGGAAGUCGCGACCCCGAACGGAGACGGCCGAUUGUUCCCGAAGGUGUCGUGGUGACGUCAAACUCGGACGCCAUCUCCCGAGGACAGAUCGUCAUCCUGGCCGUCCCACGUGACGCGUUUUCUGAGUUGGCCGAACUCAGGGGCGAGCUGACCGGGAAGAUAGUCGUGGACGUCAGCAAUAAGGAAAAACUAGACACGGCGAAGUCCAACGCUGAGUACCUGAGUGAGGAAAUCUUGGACAAAAGUUCGGUGGUCAAAGGCUUCAACGUCGUGUCCGCAUGGUCUCUGGAGAGCGGACUGGUCGGAGGCUCGAAAGAGGUGCCGAUCUGCAGCGACGACAAGGAGGCGAAAAGCGAAGUCAUCCAACUCGCCAAGGACAUGGGAUUCGUCCCGAUGGACUACGGCUGUCUACGCGCUGCGAGAGACGUCGAGGCCAUCCCCCUCCGCUUGCUCCCGGGCUGGCGUUUCGCCAACAAAGUCAUGUUCAUCCUCAUGGCCGCCAUGUCGCUUUACGUCCUGUUCCAGGGCCCCCUCUACAAGUACGUGACGUUUGGUAUCACCAAGGAUGUUCAGCACUUCCCCGGGAAAGGCAUGAACAGGGUGUUGGCCUGGCUUGCGCUGACGCUCCUAGCGCUGGUGUACUUCCCCGGCAUCAUCGCGGCGUUCCGCCAGCUGGCACGCGGCACCAAGUACCAGCGCUUCCCCGACUGGCUAGAUACCUGGCUCAAGUCUCGCAAACAGCUGGGCUUGUUGGCUCUUCUCAUCGCGACGCUUCACGCCAUUUUCUCCGCCUGCCUCAUGUCGCCUGAGUACUACUACCACAUGUACGAGUUAGGGCCGGUCAUCGAAGGGAGACAGUUCUACGGGCUGAUGUUCUGGAGAGGCGAGCUGCUGGUUCUUACAGGCGGGCUUGCUCUAGCCCUGAUGAGCGUGCUCGGGGUCACCUCCAUCCCCUCGGUCCAGAACGCGAUGACCUGGCGAGAGUUCGUCUUCGUUCAGUCCAAGUUGGGCUUCCUCUGCCUCUUCGUGGGCACGGUCCACUGCAUUGUGUACGGCUCGACAGGGUUUAACAAGUCUUACCUGUACAUAUGGUACACCCCUCCGCCUGUCCUGCUCGCCAUGCUGUUGCCUUGUCUCAUUAUCCUCCUGAAGGUGUUGCUACUCUCUCCCUGUCUGUACCCUCGUCUGAUGCGCAUCAGGAAGGGAUGGGAGAGCAAGCCCAAAGCUAUCCCCGUGUAGUCCCUUUAUAAGAAUAGAGGAUAGCAUUGUCAUAAGCAUGUCCAAUUCUACUACAAGACCUGUGAGGUUGGCACACAUGUUUUUCUUCAUGUAAGGCCAUGCUGAUUUGGUUGAUGGACAGCCACUCCUUCCAGAGAAUGAAGAGUCUACAGGUUCAGCGUCCUUUGCUUUGGUUACGUGGAUGACAUCCUCUGGGCACCUUAAAGCGAACAUGCGAAGAAAAGGUGGAUAAAAGAGUUACCUUCAUUAUGAAGUGGCCAGGAAGAACAAAUAACUAAACACACAGAACACGAUAUCAACAUUAGAUUAUCAAUAUUUGUUCUUUCAAAUUUCAAGGUUUUAUUCUGGAAAACUUCACUUAUUAGUAUCCGUCUUCCGACUUUUUCAGCUUAUGACAUAUCUACAGUAUGGUCGCACACUUAUUUUUGGAAACUGGAGAAAGUUGAUUCCUGCGCGGAUGUCAUCAAUACAACAAAGCCAAUGCGGCUUAAUGGGACCAAAUAAUGCGCUUACAAGUACUUCAAGAGUGCUUCAUAGUCUUAAAAUCGUCUUUGAUGUAUACAUAGUAAUAUGCCAUAUUGGCAUGACAAUUUGAGAAGGAAGACUAUAUGAGAUUAACAAGUGGUAAUUAUGUCUUAGUGCAAAAUUAUGAUA